AAAUCGGUGUCCCAGCAAGAAACACGUGAUCCUCCUUCUUCUUCCUCACGAAGCCCAUCUUCUAUCUCCUUUGUAAGCGGCGAUCUCAAUCCAAUACCUUUAAUUUGUUUGAUUCCAAACCCUAAUUUUUGUAUAUCCAUUUCAAUGAACGUUUCAGGAGAAAUGGGUCCAAAGUUUUGGGAGAAUCAAGAAGAUCGAGCGAUGGUUGAAUCCACCAUAGGCUCUGAAGCUUGCGACUUUUUCAUCUCAACGGCUUCAGCUUCCAACACUGCUUUGACCAAGCUUGUCUCGCCGCCAAGUGAUUCCAAUCUCCAACAAGGGUUACGUCACGUUGUUGAAGGCUCUGAUUGGGAUUAUGCUAUUUUCUGGUUAGCUUCCAACGUUAAUAGCUCUGAUGGUUGUGUCUUGAUCUGGGGAGAUGGUCAUUGCCGUGUCAAAAAGGGGGUUUCAGGUGAGGAUUAUUCGCAGCAAGAUGAGACCAAAAGGCGUGUGCUUCGAAAGCUUCACUUGUCCUUUGUUGGUUCAGAUGAGGAUCAUCGUUUGGUGAAAUCAGGAGCUCUUACUGAUCUCGACAUGUUUUAUCUGGCUUCUUUGUACUUCUCCUUUAGGUGUGAUUCUAAUAAGUACGGUCCUGCUGGAACCUAUGUGUCUGGGAAGCCUCUUUGGGCUGCCGAUUUGCCUAGCUGCUUGAGUUAUUAUAGGGUUAGGUCUUUCUUGGGUAGAUCUGCUGGUUUUCAGACUGUGUUGUCUGUACCAGUGAAUUCUGGAGUUGUGGAGCUUGGUUCUUUGAGACAUAUUCCAGAGGAUAAGAGUGUGAUUGAGAUGGUGAAAUCAGUGUUUGGUGGAUCUGACUUUGUUCAGGCUAAAGAAGCUCCUAAAAUCUUUGGUCGACAGCUGAGCCUUGGUGGAUCGAAACCUCGGUCUAUGAGUAUUAAUUUCUCCCCCAAAACGGAGGAUGACACAGGUUUCUCAUUGGAAUCGUAUGAGGUGCAAGCGAUCGGAGGCUCCAAUCAAGUGUAUGGUUAUGAGCAAGGGAAAGAUGAGACAUUGUAUCUAACUGACGAGCAAAAGCCGAGGAAGAGAGGGAGAAAACCAGCAAACGGAAGAGAAGAGGCUCUAAACCAUGUGGAAGCAGAACGGCAGAGGAGGGAGAAGCUGAACCAGAGAUUCUACGCAUUGAGAGCGGUGGUGCCUAACAUCUCCAAGAUGGACAAGGCUUCGCUCCUUGCGGAUGCAAUCACAUACAUCACGGAUAUGCAGAAGAAAAUCAGGGUAUACGAAACAGAGAAGCAGAUAAUGAAGAGGAGGGAGAGUAAUCAGAUAACUCCAGCAGAGGUUGACUAUCAACAAAGGCACGAUGAUGCAGUUGUAAGGCUAAGCUGUCCAUUGGAAACGCAUCCCGUUUCAAAGGUGAUACAAACGUUGAGGGAGAAUGAAGUUAUGCCUCAUGACUCCAAUGUGGCUGUCACAGAGGAGGGUGUGGUUCACACAUUCACUCUCCGGCCUCAGGGUGGCUGCACCGCCGAGCAGUUGAAGGACAAGCUCCUUGCCUCUCUAUCACAGUAACUGCUAUGUAAUAAGUGUGAACGUGUUGG